CAUAUUUUCAGAAAAAGGACUGUAUUCUGUAUUUAUUCCAAAAUGGAUUAUUUCUCAAAGUACAUAUUUGUUACCUUAAUUAUAUCGGUUGAUACUAUGGGUAUACAUAUCAUUGAUGAGCGGUCUGAGGUACAGGACGUUCCACCUCCUUCGGGUUCUGAAUCCCACCACAGAGUAAAGAGAUUAGUCUAUACUGCUCAAAGAUAUAGAUGGACAAAGGGUAUUAUACCUUAUACAUUUGACCAUUCUUCUCUCACAAAUGAAGAUAAAACAACAAUACUUCAAGCAAUGGGUAUAUGGGAGAAAUAUACUUGUUUGAGAUAUGUACCAUAUAACUCAACUACAUCAUCAUUGUAUGGGAUAGGUCAUGAAAGCCAUUUACAUUUCUUCAACGAUCCACAACAAGUGUGCCAGUCUCCAAUUGGUCGUAUGGAAAAUAAAACGAGGCGCGUUAGAUGUUGUGCUUUGACAACAUGUCUUCAUGAACUUGGUCAUGCUGCUGGGUUAUUACAUGAACAGAAAUCAUCCGAAAGAGAUGACUGGGUCAGAAUAAACUGGGAAAAUAUAAAAAAAGAAUUAUGGUACGCUUUCGGUAAACUACCGUCUGAUGAAACAACGUCCUACGGGUAUGACAUCAGUUCAAGGAUGCACUAUUCCUCAACUGCUUUCACAACUGAAUAUGGUGAAACAAUUACAUCUUUAUUUGAUGAAGUGUCAAUGGUAGCUGGAGAACAUUACACGUUUAGAGAAGCGUCUAUAGCCCAUAAUUGUCAAGCAAUGUUUUGUCCUGGUCGUCGUAUCACCUGUGAAAAUGGUGGCUAUUUUACCCUGGUUAAAGGGGUAUGUAGUUGUAAAUGUGUUGAUGGAUUGAAUCCCGAUACUGGUUGCAGAACCGUCUUACAAGCGAAGGCUACUGUUGAGUUUCCCAAAGGACACUAUACCAUAUUGAUGGCAAAAGAAGGAUGUCCGCACCACCUAUUUCAGACUGGACGUUUGACACACCGCGGAGAAGGGGACAAUAGUGUUGGCCAUGGAGGACCACAAGGGCUAGCCGGGGACUUUAGUACCAAUUCUUUUACGUAUCGUUUUUGUACAAGUGAUAAUCAAUAUAAACAUGGAGGUGAUUGGCCGAAAGGAAAUUACUGUAUCCUGAGAAGAGGAGGCACAUGUCCGUUAGGUUUUAUUUCUGGCGGUGGGCAUAUUCAAUUUGGUGACACAGACUGGAACCCAGCUUAUGGUAGUAGAUAUUAUGGAACGUUACCUGAUGGCGUCUAUGACGACAAUACUAAAUUGGAGUUUUGUUGUAGAGAAGAUGGUGCUAUUAUUGAACCAAUAGAUCUACCAGCAGUUGCUCCCCUUGUAUUGUUUCUUUAUAAGCAAAACAUUUUCGACCCACCUAGUUGUCAAGCUGUCAAAGGUAUGCAGUAUAGACAGGAACAUAUUACAUUUGAUAAUGAGGAUGGUGGAAUAUUUGAAAUAUCAGGAACCACUCCCUAUACAGUAACUAAUGCGAAUGAAAGGAUAUCAAUGUAUUACUGUGUAUAUCAGCCAGUAGAUAGAUAUUGUGGUGGUGUUAUUAGUUUGACCCAUUCAAAUGAACAAGCCUCCAUUCAUUCUCCCAAUUACCCACAUAAUUAUGAAAAUAACAAAGAAUGUUUUUGGCUGAUAACGGGGCCACCCAAAUCUAAUAUAUUGGUAAAUGUGAAUGAUAUUUCUAUAGAGAAAUCAGAAUCGUCUAAUGAAUGUAUAGAUACUUUAGAAGUACGGUAUAUUUUAGUAGGCCAGCGAACAGCACCAAUAUGUGGUAAACUAAGACCAACUACAAUACGAAGUGUUUACAAUACGGUACUCAUCCGAUUUUCAACUUCUAUGCAAACAGUAGAUCGUGGAUUUAAGUUAAAUCUCAAGUUAGCUUUAGCUGAUGACCAUUGUUAUGAUGUUGAUAACAAAGGGAAAUAUUAUAGAGGAAGUGUUAAUUAUACUAGAACGUAUAAGCCAUGUUUACCCUGGACACAAGUAACACACUGUAGACAUCAUUCUUUUAAUUAUGACGAUGUAAAUGACGGAUUAGAUGGUAAUUACUGUAGAAAUCCAGGUCAUGGAGUAAGACCAUGGUGUUAUUAUGAAGCCACUGAAUGUGCUAGAGAUUAUUGUGAUGCUUGUGGUCUUGAAGAUAAUGUUAACAAGAUUUCAGAUUGUGAUGAGUUGAUUGCCAGCAAUCCCCAGUUUUGCACGACUGACUAUGGGUUUGAGAAUUGUCACCGGUCCUGUGGAUUUCCUGUGCAACAACCAGAGAUGAAAGAAAGAGACAUGAUUUGUAACAUCCUACCAAAUGAUCCGAUAGAUGGCUAUCCUCUUCCAACCGUGGGGCCUUACUACGUAGGCGACACUGUUGCUCAGAGGUGCGGAACAUUAGCACAUGACGUAAUUAUCAGAGUGUGUUUAGGUAAUGGUAAGUGGACACCAGCAAGGUUUGCUUGUGGAGUGUGUGUGGAUGGGUGGACAGUAUACGAUGGCGGAUGCUAUAAAUUUUACAACCAAAAAUUGAAGUGGAACGAAGCUAAUGCUACUUGCUAUCAAGACGACGGAGCAGUUAUUGCUCCUGCAAGAAAUGCCGAGGAAAUGGCAUUCCUGAAUAGAUUUAGUGGAGUUGUUAAUCAUUUAUGGAUUGGUGCCCACAAUAAAAGUUCCACACAUACAACAUAUGUCUGGUCAGACGGUCUUCCGGUUACCUCUACUAACUGGCUAACAGGAAGACCCGACAACAGAUAUAAUUCAGAGAACUGUGUUGUGAUGCUGAGUCCAUCUCUAAAAUGGGAAGAUUUAUACUGUGGUCAUUAUUAUAAAAAUUAUUUUGUCUGUAUGAAAAAUCGAACAGUGCGUGUGACGUGUAUAGACCAGAUAGAUAACUGUCUUACCAAACUACAAGAAAAUCCUAAAAUGUGCAGCAUAUCUAUAGGCUACAGUGAAACAGUAUGCCCCUUUACCUGUGGUGUUUGUGAAUUGGGCUUACCAAAUGUGUACUGUUCUUUGCCAGAACCGUCAGCACAUUCUGCGACUGUAUUAAAUUAUUCGCCAUGGCUAUCAAGAGGAGAGUUUGUCAGCUAUAAAUGUGUAGAUGGUUACGUUUUGUCUGAUGGUAAUUUAGAUAGAGCUUGCCAGCCUGAUGGAACAUUAACCGGUUCUCCACCUACAUGUAUAGAAAAAAGUUAUUCAAAAACAUUUUCCAAUGAUGUCAUCAUAAAACACCGUUCUAAGAUUAUCCGAGGUUCCCAAGUAUUGUUGUCACUGAAUAGUAAUUUAUAUAUCACCAGAUCCGGUAGAAUAACUCAGUGGCAUUUUUUCGCGGCGGAAGGGAAAUCUCACAUGUUUCAAGUCUGGCGUCCGAUGGACGCUACAGGAACAACGUUUGAGUUGAUCGGUUUUAAUGAAAUAACACCAACAGAGACCAGGAUGUAUAUAUUUAAUAUUGAUACUAGUCAACAGAUUGUAGUGACACCUGGCGAUAUUAUAGGUAUUUGGUCUUCUAUGGGAUCAAUUGAUGCUGGAAUAACGUAUGAUAUAUGUCAAGCAAACCUUCACCCCCAAGGCAGUGAUAUGUUACGCACCUCUAGAAUGUUCUACUAUAAUACGGAUUUCAAUAUAGGCAUGACUACAAGUGUUGUAGACUAUAGCCCUUCGUGUAUGAUGAUUUCAGUAAAAGCCUAUAUUGAACCGAUAUAAAGAAAUCCAAUAUGCAUACAUAUGACAUAAUGUUCGGAAUUUCAUCAGUGGCUAAUACAUGCAAAACGAAGUCGACAUUAUAAACUGUCAGUUCAAUAUUAAUAGUUCAUUUGAAUAUAUGUCCCCUCUCCAUUCCCAGUAAUUAUUUAAUGAUAACUUACUGAGUCUCUAUUUGACUAAUAUAUCCUCGGUUAGAAAUCUUCUGGGUAAUCUUACGUGCACGUUGGCCUAAUCUGCAGUCUAAUCAAAUAAACCAACAUUUCGUUCCCUUUUCAUAUCGGUUGACUAUAAUGCGGCGUUUCCCAACCUCUGGGUCGCGACCCAACUUGGGUCGUGAGCACUUUUCGUGGGGUCGCGGACUAGACUGAGAACUUUAAAAAAAAAUGCUAUCUUUUCAUGUAAUCUAUACAUCUUCAAUAGAAGGCUUGAUCUCGCUUUAACUCCGUACAUCUUAUCAAGGCUUUCACGUAACACUCUACAAUUUACAAUUUUCGUCACUAAUUUCGAUUGGUCUAGGACCCAGCUUUAGACCUCUCAGAUUCCUCGAUAGAAAAUACCAUCGCGAAUACCAAGUCUCGCGCGUUCCAACUGAAAUAAUCGAGUUGCAAAGUUCAAGAUUCGUUCAUGGUUGCUGGAAAUUUCCAACACAAAGAGACUUGCCGCUGCCAAUUUUCAUGCAAAUAAAUACCUCUCUAGUGUCUAAAACAGUUUCGAUUGCUUUUCCGUGAGUUUUUCAACUGAAAAAUAAAACCUUUUAACGGCUGUAAACUUGAAAAUAAAACCUUUUAACGGCUGUAAACUUAUCUAUUCAUUUUUUUGUGGAGAUCGCAAUGUUUGUAUUUGGAUAUGUGUUUGUAUCACGACCUCUGAUUAAACAACGUUAUUGUUCACGUGUCUGCAGUAAAAGGGAAAUAACGUACCUAAAAGUUCGGGAAUUUCAGACAAUUCUGGCAACGGAUAGAAGUUGUAAAACUGCGGCCGUUGCUUCGGGAACAUGUGGUCUAUACAACUCUUGCCACAUUGCUAAUCGAUUUCCUCUCAUGGCCACGAUUUGUUUCAUCGGUCUAUCAUUGUUUUCUCACUCUGACGGGAUUCCACGUAGCACUUUGUGCAAUACGGCUCCUCAUGCCGUACCCGUCGUCAUACCUAUGCGAACAGUCUUUUUCUGCAAUGGUUGUGAUAAAAAAAAAAUUAGGAACCGGCUUGAAAUAGAAAGGGACAUGUUUGUCGCGCUGAGUGGCGUUGAGCUACGCAUUGAAAACCUGGUCGCUGAGAAACAGGCGCAACCAUCAAACUGAUUAAAAAAUCAAUAAUUUGUUAUCAGACUUAAAAAAAUCAGUAAUUUGUUAUCAGACUUAAAAAAAAUCAGUAAUUUGUUAUCAGACUUUUAAUAAGUAAACAAUAAUAAAAGUGAAUGAUAAUGAUGUUUCAUAGUAAAAUGUGACUUUGUUCUUCGAGGGGUCGCGAUCUGAUCCUGGGUCUGGAAUGGGGUCGCCACCCAAAAAAGGUUGGGAACCUAUGCUAUAAUGACUGAUGCAACUUUAUCAUAUCGAACAUAAAAAGUAAACGCUGCUCUAAGGGACCUCUUUGGUUGACUAUAUAUUAUAAAGAAGGUCAAAGUUACUGACGUCAUCUGCUAAGAAACAUAGAACUAUUAAUAUUUUAGGCUGUUUCGAGAUUUCCAUUGGUACAAUUGCUUGCACGUUUGUAGAAGUCAUAUUUGAAAAAAAUUAGCCAAAUUUCUCACGGCGGGAUUGCCUUCAUUUAAGCUUGAUGACCAUAAUUAUAUAAGAAAUGAUGUUCUAAAUUUAUGGACAAGUUCAUUAGAACUAUCAGAAUACAAAUAAAUGGACGAGCUUGCUGUACUGUGAAAACGGUGAAAAGACAUAUCAGGUGUUUAGAUUUGUAAUAAAUAGUAAACUUCCUCUAGAGUAAAGACAACACGCUGCAUGUUGCCAUAGCAGGAGUAAAAUGGUAGACGUUCCUCAUGCUUUUCGGGAAUGGAGUAAGUGUGUUAUAAAUGGAUUGGAAUGAAAUGGGGUUUAACGUACUACUGCUCUGCUCCGACAGGGCGCAUGAAACUGUGUUAUAAUAGAAACUUCUAUAAAAUGAUCAUUUUGGCAAACAGCAGAAUGAAUUAGACAGCCAUUCAAAAGAAAACUAAUUUCUAAACUUUUCCUAUCCAAGCACCAAUUAGAUAUCUGAUAUGUUUAUUGAUACAAACACUCUUCAAUGAGACAAUUGGAGAAGUUCAUUGUUAUAUGAUUUGUAUAUAAAUAAAAGGUGAAUUUUAGUCUAAAAUGAUCUUAUGUUUUAUCUAAUAGACAGACUGAAUACAAACAUAUAUUAUAAAAAGUAUGGUUCUAAUGCUAAACUCAAUUCAUCCAUACAAACUUCAUAAUAAUGUCAUAUAUAUUAUGGUCAACUUCCUAGUAAGUGUUGUUAACCUGUCACCACUUUUCAAGCCGUCAUUGGUAACGACGUUAAUCCCAUCUAUUGUUUUUGUUGAUUUAUUAUAUUGUUUAAUCUUUUAUGCAUUGUUCAUCUAUCGACAUGUCAGAUUUAAUUACAUUUACUUUUAGCUUUUUAUCUGAUUUUCCUUAAAUAUUACAAAAUGUGUACAUUGAAGGAGUCACUAGUUAGGAUCCCUUACUAAGUGCAGUAACUGGCCUGUCAGUACUGUAUGACGAUAUAUGUAUAUUUAUGUUCCGGUAUAUUAAAGAAUUGA